AUGUCUGAUGUUAGCAGAAGAGCCAAUUGUGUUAGAGUUGGAGACGCCGUGAAGGAAGUGUUCGCAGUAUGUUUGAGGAAUGAGUUGACGAGAAGAAUUCCACCUACACAUCUUCAAACCAAACUUAAUGAAAUGAGUAGGAAGAAAUGUAAACAGAUGUGCCUGUCAGAAGAUGAAACAAGAUUAAUAAAAAAGGCCACUCUAAGCAAUUCCUACGAGGAAAUCGAUUUCUCUUUUUUGUACAAACUUUUGAGGAAAAUUGACCCAGGAACCAAAGAUAAAUUGUUUAUGGAUGAUAUGACAGAAAUGAGUAAGAUACGAAAUAAAUGGCAUGCACAUUUGCCUAAAAAUGAAAUAGAAGAUCAGGAAUUCUCAAUUAUAUGGAAAGGCUGUGAAGAAAUUUGCAAAAGGAUGGACCAAAGAGAGCAAAUGGAAAAAUAUUUUACGAGUUUGGAUAAAAUUAAGCAUCGCGAGGUUUUGAUUACAUAUGACAGUACUAUGAGCUAUGGUGGGGAUGUAUUUUUUCAAGAAUUAAACAGAAAAUCAUUCAUCAUUUCCACGUGGAAGGAGGAAGAUGAUAAAUAUUACGAGACGAGUGGCUGUAAAUAUACCGAAAGACUCGUAGAUUCAAAAUCCAUUGUAACCAUAGUUGGGCCCUCAGGUUGUGGAAAAUCUGCAAUGGCUCAGCAUAUUGCUUUGAAAUAUAAAGACCGAGGAUGGAUGAUCAUACCUAUAAGCGACAUUGAAGAAUUUUAUAAGCUGGUUGAUACAAAUGUGCCUGUUAACCAAAUGUAUGUAUUACACGACCCUCUUGGAAAGGAGUCUAUCAAUGAUAUACUCUUAAGUAAAUGGAUAUCAUUAGAAAAUAUUGUUGAAAAGUAUCUUGAAAGCAAUCGACUAAAAUUACUUGUAACGACAAGGGUAGCGAUACUAAACGAUAAAAAAUGUAUAAAAUUGUUGAAAACAAAUCUAGUUCCUCUUCAUGAGAAAUUCCCUCUUUGCAAAGAAGAAAAAAAGUGCAUACUAAUGAAGCAUUUUACGGGAAUAUAUCAUCUUUCAUCAGAGGAGAGAGAACGCAUAUUAAAUACUGAACAUUAUUUUCCACUGUUAUGUUCCUUGUUUGGGCGUAAUGAAAAGUAUGAGCAAAAAGGAAGUAAAUUUUUUACAGAGCCGACAUCAGUUAUAUCUAAGGAAAUCGCUUAUUUUAAAGAUAACGAUAGAUUAGCAUACUUGAGCCUCAUUCUAUUACUUUCUACCAGUGGGAUUCUUGAAAAAAGAAAUUUGUCUAAUGUGAGGUCGGACAUCUUUAAAGAAGCUUGUGAGUUGUGUGGUGUUGAUUAUAAUACACCAAAAAGAUUAAUUUGUGAAAAAUUAGAUAGUUUGGUGAAUGUUUUAGUUAAAAUAGUAGGAGGGAACUUUUUAUUCUAUCACGAUUUUAUCAUGGAUGUUGCAGCUUAUACAUUUGCAUCAGAUUUUCCAGAUUUCCUCAUAAAGAUCUGCCCACUGCCUGUACUUAGAAAGAGAGUUUUUAUCAAAUUUCAAACCUUAAGAAAAAAAGAUGACCUUUCAAUAAGUUUACCUGAGGAAUACGCUGACGCGCUGGUGGAUAGAAUUUUAACGGAAAUGGGAGAAAAUUUUACAGAGGUCUUCUUGUGUCCAGCAUUUGAAAAUUAUAAAAUACGAAAUAUCUUCAUAAAUCGAAUUUUGACCAUGGACGACAAUCACUUUCAAAGAAUGUUCUUGACCACCACUUAUCGACAACAAAACUAUCUUACUUUUGUCUUAAAGACCGUCUCUGCAGCAUUCCCAGACCUUCAGAGAUCUUUACAAAAUCAUAUUAACUUAAAAGAACAGGCAAACCCUAUAUUAACACCCGAAAAAGAAAAGGCAAUUGAAAGUCUGAAAGACAUUCAAAGUUCAUCGAUCGAGAGCAGAAAAAAUAUUCAAUUUGAUGAAGUAAACUGUUCUAAAAUUGGUAUUCUUGGCAGUGAAGGGGGUGCAGAAGAAUCUACUGAACAGUUCACUGAUUUAGUGAAAACCCUUUUAAAUGAAUCAGGUCUGUGUAGUAUUUUCGAUGAAAUUCCAUGUACAGAUCCAAAAGAAAUGAAAACAAAGUUGGUGUCAAUAUUUGCUGAAUUUGGCCAGCUUAUGGUGAUUCUUAUGGAUGAUCCAGAUGGAUUUGCAAUUUUAAGAAGUUUCAUGAAGAAUAUUAAAGCAAUUUUGAUUCAAAGAACUGAUGGUCAACAAUAUCUUCUACCACCUAGUGUACAAGUCACAAAAUUAAGUAUCACAAGUCUUAAUACUUUACUGAAUGCAAGUAGUGGAACAGAGCGUGACAAUUAUUUUUUCCAUUGCAUUCAAAAUUUUCAAGUGGAACAAGCUGUUGAAAUUUUUUUUCAAUUUUGUAGAUGUGUCAAUUUAUCGAUGAAUAUGAUGACACCUAAUAUGCGCAAACGUAUGCAGUCUUUAAUAAAAAAUUGUUUAUUUGUCCAAAACGUCAUUUCAAAUGGAACACGCAAUCUUCUCAAAAAUCCUUCUUCUCCGUUUCAUUCUUCUUUCAGAAAGUCGGAACAAAUGAUUGAGAAGUAUAAACUUCAGGCAUCUUCUUCAAAGGAAAUUUGUCUAAUAAGAGAACUCAAAGAAAACUUAUCUGUUACUCAGACACUGAAAAAUAAUUUAGCCCUACUUGCUGAAGAAGUAUCACCUUUACUAAGCUGUAUAAUAUAUGGUGACAAGAAAAUUGUCGAGGCCAUUAUAGAACGUGUAAAGAGAAUAGAAAAUGGAAAGGACAUUAUAUCAAACAAAAUAUUUUUAGCAGCAUGUUUGAAUGGGUCUGUAGAAAUCGCACAUUUGCUCUUAGAAUUAAAAGGGGAGGAUAUUUUAUAUCAAAAAUGGAAUUGCAGUACCUUAAUCGGAUUAAAUGCACUACAUAUAGCAUCUCUCUUACAUCACAGUGAGAUGACUGCUUUUUUACUGGACAAAAAAUUUCCUGUUAAUACAAUUGAUGGAAUAGGUCGUACUCCUUUGAUUUAUGCGAUCUCGAGUUUCCAUAAAGACAUGUCACAAUGGGAAAGACAGAGAGGUUUCGAUACUCUUGAGACCCUCUUUAAUAAUGGUGCUAAUACAUUAAUUCGGAAUUUAUUUGGAGCUUCUGCUUUCCACUGUGCCUGUGAACUCAUAGAUGAUAUGGAUGUUUUUAAACAUUUUUUAAAUGAAAAUGUGAACGAUUUAAUGGACGAUGCAACCAGUCCUUUAAUGCUUGCUUCAAAAAAGGGAAACACAAAUAUUGUGCGCCUGCUACUUCAACAAAAUGCUUCUGUAAAUCAUCACAAUGAAGCAGGACAUGCUCCAAUACAUUAUGCUUGCAUUAGUGGUGUAAUAGAAACUGUAACAUGCCUUUUAGAUUAUGGUGCGAAACCAGACGAUGUUGAUAACUUGGGAAUGUCGCCAUUAAUGUUGGCUGCAGCAAAUGGGCAUAUUGAUGUUGUUCAACUUCUUUCAAAAAUAUCUUUCAUUGAUCAAAUUGAUCAGAUGUUGAAUACGGCACUUCACUAUGCAGCUAAACAUGGUCAUUUGAAUGUUGUUAAAAUUUUAUUCGAACGAGGAGCAAAUGUCAAUCAUGAUAACAAAAAUCUUGAUACACCUAUUUUCUUCGCUGCUUCUAACGGACAUUAUAUGGUUACAAAUGAGUUAAUUAAUCUGGGAGCCGAUGUCAAUAAAUGCAACAUAUCUGGGAAAACCCCUUUAAUGCAAGCAGUUCUUCAAAAUCAUAUAAACUUAACAGAACUUUUGCUAGAUCGGGGAUCAAAUGUUAAUAUUCGUGAUGCUAAUAUGAGAAAUGCAAUAUGGUUUUCUGCCUCCCAAGGUCAUGAAGAUAUUACCACGUUGCUUUUACAUAAAAAAGCAGAGUUUAACAUCAGUGAUGGAAAUGGUCUUACUCCUCUUACUAUCGCUGCAAAGAAUGGAAAAAUAAAAACUGUGUCUCUACUGCAUCAGCUAGGGUGUAAUAUAAAUGAAUAUACCAAGAACCAUGACACUCCUCUUAUACUUGCGGCUAGUGAAGGUCAUAAUGAUGUUGUCAGCUUUUUAAUAAGUCAUGAUGCAGAUAUCAAUUUGCUGAAUAAGAGAAGGGAAAAUGCUCUGUUACAAGCUUCUGCAAAUGGCCAUGAAUAUAUAGUAAAAAUUCUUAUUGAUGCAUCUUCAGAUAUAACUCCAAACUGUGAAAAUAUUGAUCCAUUAUAUAUUGCAGCAGCAAAUGGGUAUCAUAAUAUCGUAGACUAUCUUGUAAUUUCUGGGCCUAUUGAAAAUACCAUCAUUUUUCGAGUUGAUUUGGCACUUUUGGUAGCCUGUCGUGAAGGUCGAACGUCAACUGCAAAAAUGCUGAUCACGAUUAUUUCAGAUAUCAACGUGCAAGAUGAAAAGGGUCGAUCUGCUCUUUGGUUCGCCGUGUUGGGAGAAAGUGAAGAUCUCGUCAACGUAUUACUGGAUAAUGACGCUAAUGUUAAUAUGCCUGAUAAAUUGAAUAAGACCCCACUAAUGAUUGCAUCCGAAAAACGCCAUGGAAAAAUCAUUGUGGAGCUACUUAGAAAAGGGGCACGUUUCGCAAUACUCAUUAUUAUAUAUACAGAAAAAACAGUUUUUUCCCUUCGAGACGUUGAAUGUAUAUUUUAUACAUAUACUUCAGAUCCACCAAGACCAAUUCUCGAAGAUUUUUUGAAUUUUAAAAAUUUUUCAACCAAUCUGGUAAAGAUUCUUUCGGGAGAACUACCUGCAGACCAGGUCUUUAAUAUAAACAAUAUGUCAAUUUCUAUGUUAAACAGGCAAUGAGAUGUAGAUUAUCCCUAGAACCCAAUAUUCAUUAUAUCUUUGAUUUUAAAUACGUACUAAAGG